GUACGCAGUUGUCUUUACCUGUUGUGCGGCAAAAUAUAUGAAGCAGUCAAUAAUAUAUCAAUGGCAAAGGCGUGCUACAAACAAGCUCUAGAAUUUGACCUCUAUUGUAGCGAGGCAAUGGACCUUUUAAUAAAUCAACACAUGUUAUCGGUAGAUGAAGAAGUACAGCUGUUGGAUAGCCUCUCUAAUUGUCAGCAAUGUAGCGACGCUGAACGACAAUUCAUUUUACAAAUGUAUAGGAGAAAAACUGCAAAGGUGCCACAAGAAAGUGUUGAAUCGAAAUUGAGCAACGGUGCGGAAAUUUUUUCCCAUGACACGGAUAGUCUACUUGAUUUAGCGAAACGACAUUGUCUUCGAACCGACUAUGAUGCCAGCUAUAAGAUAACAUCAACGAUUUUAGAGGAAGAUCCUUACCAUGAAGAAUGCAUUCCAUUCCAUGUUAUAUGUUUAAUCGAACUGAAAAAAACAAAUGGCAAGCAAUCCAUAAGAAUUACCUUAUACGCGAUUUUGAUGGCAAUAAUUAUGUUAUUUAAUCCUAUUUCCUUAAUACUAUUCAAAUUUUUAGAACUGUUUCAGUUAAGCCAUGUCUUCGUUAAUAAUUAUCCAGCAUCUCCGAUUGCAUGGUAUACGGUUGGAUGUUACUAUUUGUUAGUGGAAAAUUAUGCCCAAGCUAGGGUUCACUUCAAUAAAGCCAUAUCACUUAGAAGCAGUUUCGGAUUGGCAUGGCUAGGCUUUGCACAUUCUUUCGCUGCAGAAGCAGAACACGAUCGCGCUAUGGCUGCUUAUAGUACAGCUUCAAACUGCAUGCCAGGGAGUCAUAUGCCUUUGGUAUACAUUGGUAAGGAAUACGCACUAUCGAAUAACUACAGAAUUGCAGCUAAUUUCUUCGCCAAAGCUCUACAAAUUGCUCCAGAUAAUCCUUACGCCGAACAUGAAAUUGGAAGUGCAGCCUUUAAUAAUGGAGAUUACAUCACGGCAAAGAAACAUUAUUUAUUAGCUUUAAAAGUAUUUGAAAGUGAUGAUAACAAGGUUAGCGUUUCGUUACCGGAAGCUUGGGAACCUCUGUUAAAUAAUCUUGGUCAUACUUGCCGAAAACUAGAAGAAUAUGAGUUGGCAUUAAAGUACCAUAAUUUAGCUCUUAAACUUUCACCUCGGAACUUUUCAACACUUACCGCUAUUGGAUUUACUUAUAGUCUUAUGGAGAAGCAUGCGAUUGCCUUAGGAUAUUACGAUAAAGCAAUUUCAUUGAAAAAGGAUGACACUUUUACUUUACAAAUGAUUAAUAAUACCAUGGAGAUACUAGCAAAUAUUAGUACAGUAGCCAAAGGCAAGUUCUGUUAUGAUUGCGAUAUGGAUUAG